UCUAAUAUGGGGAACAGUGAAUCUGCUUCAGGAUUAUGUGCUCUUACAAAGGUUUGUUUAGCAUACAGGAAUGGGGAACUUUCCGGUAACUUACAUUACGAAAACCCCCACGAUGACGUAGACGCUGUCCGGGAUGGAAGAAUUGAAGUUGUACAUGAAAACACUCCUUUCAAAAGGAGAUUUGCUGCCGUGAAUAGCUUUUCAUAUACUGGCCCGAUGGCACAUGUCCUUUUAAAAGGGCAUUACAAAGAAAAGAUUUACAAGAAAUAUACAGCAAAUAUACCAUACUUGGUGAAUGUCUCUAGUAGAAACGAGACAGGCGUUCAUAGAAUGUUUGAAAUUGUGGCGGCGAUGCCGAUCGAUGCCGAAUAUAUUGGUCUUCUGCAUAAUAUACAUAAAAUAGAAACACCGGGACAUACUGCCCGAGGCUUCAUCAUCCUGGGUUCUAAACUUGAGGGAAAAAAUGAGAAAACAUGCGUUCUAAGUAAAAGUAUUCAACACUACAAAGGAAUCAAGCCUCCUGUUUGCUUUAUGUAUAGCGGGAUGGGAUCGCAGUGGUGUAAAAUGGGAGCUGAUCUCAUGAAUGCACCAAUUUUUUCUGCAGCAAUAGAAAAAUGUCAUAAAGUGCUUGAACCAAAAGGAGUGAACAUCGUCGAUAUUUUAACAUCGGAUGAUCAAACCAUAUUUGAAGAUAUAAUCAACUGCUUUGUUGGUAUCACGGCUGUACAAAUUGGUUUAACAGACAUUUUGCGAGCGUUAGAAAUUGUUCCUGAUUGCAUUAUUGGGCAUAGCACCGGCGAGUUGGGCUGUGCGUAUGCUGAUGGUGGCCUGACGCUGGAAGAGACGAUCCUGUCGGCGUACUGUCGCGGCUUGGCCUCCAAGAAAACUGAAGUUAUACGCGGAGCAAUGGCGGCCGUGGGCAUGGGAUACAAUGAUGUACA